AUGAGUAUAUCAGGUACAUCUUUGCGCGAACGACGGUCUUCACAAAAAAUUCAACAAAUCACCGGUCACGAUGUUGGUCCUGGUAUCGAUUGGGCGUCUCCUGCAGCUCGGGCUCCUUAUUCGCCUUCCAUUUCGCCCAAAUCUAUUCGAGACGAUUCAUCUAGUGGUUACAGCAUCUCCCUAGAAGAGCCCAUAUUCGACGAUGAACCUACGCCACCCGCAGAUUAUCAUCCAAGAGCUUCAGACAGCAGUAUGCCACCACUGGAGCCAGACUGCGACAGUGUGUUGAGUAAUCAGAGCUGCAUGGUCCCAGAAUCACCCAAAGCCCAUAGAGUAUCUAUUUCGCUUCAUGUUGAGAAGACGAGACGUCUAAGUAGCGUCGCGUCCGCGUUGGCGGCAUUGGAACCUUUCCCGAACCUGGACGACCCGUUUGAUGAAGAUGUCAACUGGCAGGCAGGCUCGUCUUAUAAUUACUUUAGUGAUCUUGAGACAGCGGAUGAGUACCAUCGAAUUGCGACCAGAUUGGCCAACAACGACAAACGCCAGUCCCUAUGUGGGACCUCUCCCCUUACACGGUCUCGCAGUUCGCUCAGUCGACGACUGAGUGUGUCAGCGCGGUCGCUAUUUACACGAAGAAAGGAUUCUGGUCUGUCUGGCAGCUCAAGCCGAGCGUCCCUGACCGCAACCAAUCAUCCUACAAAGGGACCCUACUCGCCUUCGAUUCCUCCCUCGACUGAUGAUGCAAACAUGAUAUCUCCGCUUCGCAGCACGUUUGAAAUCGAGGACGAGUAUAGGUUUUUUGGCGACGAAAGUAGCGUGAGUGUGAGAGGAGUUACCAGGGACUUUUUUGCUCGCAGGAGUGAGGAACGCGCAUCGACAGAGCUUGGUACACCUCGUUCGAUGUCACAAAUCCCGGAGCAGUCACAGGAACACAAGAUCUUGUCGAUGACGGGGGUACAGGUCAAGAACCUGCUUUCGAACGCGCGUGAUGGGGCGAAAUCAAUCCAGAUCUCCAGGGCUGAGAGGAGAAGAACGCAGCUCAGGACGCAGAUCAAGAUGAUUCCAGAGGAGGAAGUUGGUCGUUGA